AUGGCCCCAGACCCUUCAACCGGCCAAACUCUGCCGCAGCCGAAGGCCAUCCGCUUCGUCACCAACCAUGACGGUCCCUACGCGAAGAGACGGAGAAUAAACUCGGCCUGUUUGACCUGCCGCCGCCGCAAGACGCGCUGUUCGGGCGAGCGCCCCGCCUGCGAAACCUGCCUCAAGAACAACCACACCUGCGGGGGAUAUGGUCCGGACACAGACCAACCAAAGGAUAGCUCAGCGUCCACCGACAAUGCCGAGCGGCGGACAAGUGCUGUAUCGAACGUUGACAGGAGAUCGUCUUUGGCCUCACCUCGCGGACCGCAGCCAAAGCAGCAGCAGCAGCCACGGCAGGUCGAAAAUGUGGGGAUUGCAGGUCCUUCGUUUGCCUACGGCGCGUCGACCGACUCCCCCAUCAUAGACCCCGCCUUGGAGGCCAGUACAAAUGGUCCCGCGAGCACUGGCGGAGACGAAGGGAGCCAGGCUUCGAGCCGUUUCUCGCUAAGCUUGAGCAUUCGAAAUCGCAUGCCUUACUUCCGCUACUUCGGCCCGACGGCGAUCAUGCCAGGGUUCAAGCAGAUGGUGGUCAAGGUGAAAGGCAAGCAGCACAGUACAGCAGGAACAUCGACGACUGAUGGCCUACAAUCCCCUCCUGCAACUGCAGCUUCGCUCGGCCGUGUGACUUCCCAACAAUCCACCACCGAAACCCCCGCUCCACUCGAGCUCGCCAUAUACGACGCUUCGCCAGUUCCCCCACCGCCGUUGAUCACGCAUCUGUGCAAGACCUUCUUCGCCCACCUCGGUUGCAACUUCCCUUUCUUGCAGGAAGUACGGUUUAUGCGCGAUCUGGAGGAGAAGCAAGUGGACGCCAUCCUGGUCGACUCGGUCUGUGCGCUAGCUGCACGCUUCUCCACUGAUCCCAUGCUGGUCGGCACGCGCCAGUCCGAUGGAGACGCGGAACAAGCGGAAACGUCUCCAUCCGAGUAUGGUCAGCAGUUUGCUUUGCGAGCCAAAUCCGCAAUCGCCGACACUUUUGCCUGUCCCAGUGUGGCCGUCGUUCAGGCUGCUUUGCUGCUCGCGUACGACGAAUUCGGCGGAAGCCGUGACUCUGGCCUGUGGAUGUACCUUGGGAUCGCCAUCCGAAUGGCUCAAGAUCUCGGUAUGCAGACGCUUCAAGGGUUGAGAUACGAAGGAAGAGACGGGCCAACCCCCGAGAGUGUCAAAAACGGGUCCUCUAAGAGAAGAGAUAGUACGAACCGCUCGCGGACUACAGCAUCGUCGCCAGAAGGAACCGAUCCCGACGCCAUCGAGGAGCAGAGAGCCGUGGAGAGAGAGCGCAUUGAUACAUUCUGGGCCGUAUUCUUCCUGGAUCGGGUCGUCUCAUCUGGAACGGGACGACCAGUCUCUCUGAGGGAUAGUGACAUCGAAAUUUCGUUCCCUUCUCUCGAUUCCAAGGACGAAACCACUGACUGGCCUGUUCCUUUCCCUGCGCUGAUCCGAGUAAUCCAUCUCUAUGGACGUGUUACUGACCUUUUGAAUGGGAUCAAAGAAGUCUCGCACGUUACGCCCGACGUUAUCAAACGCCUUGCGUCCAUGGAGACUCUUCUGACCGAUAUCUAUCAGAAUCUAUCGUCACGUUUGCAUUUUAACGUUCUAAACUUUCAGCAUUACCUCCGGAACGGCCAAGGGACGAAUUUCAUCCUGCUUCACUUUUGGUUCCACACCCUUAUUGUUCUCUUGCAUCAACCAACGCUCCUGAAAACAUUUGAAGGGGGCAUCCAACAGCUUCUCCCGAACAGCCAUGAGCUGUCUAUGUCAUCAGCAAAGACAAUUGCAGAUAUUCUCGCUUUCGCGGAAUUAGCUGACGCAAAAGCGGGUCUUGGUAACCCGUUUACCAGCCAACCAAUCUACAUUGCUGCUUGCGCUUUCCUCAAGGAGACUGCUAUGCAGUCCGCCUCGUCGAAUCCGCAUUCAAGGCAGGGGUCUCCACCGCCAAACAACCGAGGCAAGGAGAAUAGUAGAGAAAGUAGUGCACAGAGAGUGACCGCCUCCGAUGAUUUCCGUAACCGAUCAGAUCUCAGGGAUGGAAGGGCUCAAGCGGCUGCAGUGGAGAAGCAGAUGGCUAAACAUAGCCUGCUGGCAUCUGCCGCUAACCAAAACUACCAGCGCUGCUAUCGAGCCCUGCAAUCCCUUGAGACAUAUUGGGCUGGGGUCAAGUAUAUUUUGACUGUCUUAGACCAAAAGGCUAAGGGUGUUGUGGACCCACUUCUCUAUACCAGAGAAGAGAUGGAGUGUGCAUUGGAGGUUCCUCGACCGGAACCUUCUUUCGACACACCUGGUUGGCGGCGCAAGCUAUCUUGGGGAGCGUACAUUGGGCCUCAGAAUCACUCUGAGAAAGACCAAGGUCCAGUGGCGGCGCUUAAGAGCAGCCGCGGGGCAAACUUUGGUAUUCCUGGGUCUCCUAUGGCAGAUGCAGCCAUUGGCUGGUCCCUUACUGGAACCAUGAACUCACCAAGCACGAGCUUAGCUGUUCUAUACCCUACCGAGAAUCGAGACGGUGGCUCCCGCCGCCCGCAAGACGGCAUAGACACGUCCAUCUCGUCAGUAAUGGCGCAGGGUCCGACGUCGCCGCAGCAACAGCGCAACAUCCUCACACAACAAGGCUCCAAUAUGGCCACGACGCCACUGCCCCGCUAUCCCAACAACACUCAGAUCUUCGCCCAGCCCAACGCUCCCACGAGCAUGCAACCCCCGCCCCCGCCAGGCGGUUCCUCAGCCUACUUGUCCGAUCCCGCCCUAGUGUCAGACGCCGACCUCCUGCUCAACCUCCACUCCCCGUACUCCACCGCGUCUUCGCCCGCCGGCCGCGCGCCCGCGGGCGCUACCGCAUCCGCCGUCAACCCGCACUCCCCAACGGGCCCGUACCCGUCCCAAGUAUCUCACAGCAUGGGCGGCGCCGCGGGUAUGACCGCGCCCGGGCAACCGGCCCACAGCGGCGGCUCGGUGUUAUUUGGAGACAUGAUGAUCGAGAGCCAGGAUAUAGACAUGAGCGCCUUAGGUGACAAUAUGAUGACGUGGUUGGAGUGGCUGCCUCACGAAAUGGUAACGUUUUUCGAUCAGACCACGGGUACGGUGACGGCAGCAGACGGGAGUCUGGGACCUGCGCCGGGACAGACACCUGGCCAGAGCGAGAGGCGAGACGGAUGA